AUGACCACACCCUCAGUUUCAGAGAAAGAUGAACUAGAAGAGUACCACACAGCCCUCUUGGUCAUCUACACUGUGGUCCUGAUCAGUGGUACAAUUAGCCUUACCAUGAUGAUGCGCAUCAUGAAAUCCACCACAACUUCCACCACGUCAAUUGCCGUACUCAACCUGAUCUUCACUCACUUCAUCUUCCUGCUAACGGUUCCCUUCAGAAUCUACUAUUACGCAGUUCAUGAAUGGGAGUUGGGCUAUGAAUGGUGUAAAAUAACCAGCAGCAUGAUCCACAUCCACAUGUACAUGUCUUUUGUCCUGUAUGUGAUUAUCCUCAUCACCCGUCUGUUGACGUUCUACAAGAAAGCUUGCCAGGUGGUGUCCUUUCACAGGAUGCAUGCAUGCAUUAUCAGUUUUCUGGUGUGGAUUAUUGUGCUGAUCACUGUCCCUUGCAUCAUCCAUUUUAAUUAUGGCAAAGACCAUGACAAAAAUGCCACUCGUUGCUUCCAGUUUGGAAAAUCUAUAGAAUCUGUUCUGAUUUUGAACUACCUGACAAGCAUAUUGAUUAUAGUCAUUGCCAUUGUGUUGACAGCCUUCCAGGCCAAUGUCCUAUGGGUUUUAUACAAGAAGCAUCGGGAGGGAUGCACCUUUCAGCAGGAGUUCGGAGCUCAGCUGAAGAGCCUGUGCUUUGCGCUAAUCAUGGUCAUCUGCUUCAUUCCCUACCACAUUUUUCGACUGUCCUACUUAAACAAUAUAAAAGAAUUAGAGGGUACAAAUGAAAUAUUUCUGAGCAUAACCACUUUUAACUGUUUGGACAUGCUUACUUUCCUGGGGAGGAGGUCCUGUAACAUGUGCUUUGUAGGAAAAGCUGCUUAA